AUGGCUACCGGCAAUGCGUUAACAGCGCCAAUCGGAGGACUAGUUGCUGCUAAUGCUACCACUUCCGCUGAUUAUAGCAAUAAUCGUGAAGCAUCAACCAACAAUUUGAGCAAUGGGGCCAUAGCUGGACAUCAGUCAAGUCAAGGUUAUCAUCAGUUAAGUGUUACAAUUGAAGAAGCUUCUUUACGUAACAAUGGGUUUUUAAAACCAAAUCCAUAUGUUGAACUGUUAAUUGAUAAUAAAAGUAAACGUAAAACUGAAGUUGUGAAAAAUACAUAUUUGCCCAAAUGGAACGAAGAAUUCACUGUUCUGAUCACGCCACAUUCGGUGUUACAUUUUAAAGUUCUCGAUCAUUCGAGUUUUCGGAAGGAUGGAAUGCUUGGUGAGCGUUCCAUUAAUUUAGGCAAUAUCUUGCAACAUUAUAAUGGUCGUUGCGAAUUCCUUGAAGUUAGCAUGGAUUUAUUGGCUACAUCGAAAUCCGACAAUCGUCAGACAAAAAGCGGCGAGCUAGUUGCUAUUCUUACGGGUCUCAAGCUUGAUAUGAGCAAAGUAACUGUUGCAAAUAGUAAUGGCAGUGUAAGCGGCACGUCAGGCGCAAAUUCUGCUGAUAGUGCAAUGUCAAUGGGUUCGAGAAAUAAUAUGGUCCAUGGUGGUAUAAGGACCCGUAUGCGUAUGCGCAGUACCGGUAGUAUGCAGGAAAAUGGUAGCUUGGCUAGGUCACCUGUGGCUUUGCAAAAUGGUAGUUUGGAGCGUAGUAAUAGUUCUGGAGCUAUGACUGGCGUAGGUUUACGUCGAAUUCCAACAACAUCAAGUACAUGGGAUCCUCAGACUGCAGCAGCCGUAGCGGCACAGCAGCAACAACAGCAGCCACUACAAAUAACCCAUGCACGUGUUAAUGGCCCCGGGACUGGCGCAGUCAACACUCGUUCUUUGCCCCAAAUGUAUGCCAAUGGUGCUGUGCCAGGACAACAAUCCGUUCAACCGGUUUUGGAUGGUAAUUCCAGUUGCUUAAUGCCCUCAACGGCUGGAGUUGAACAGCAAAUGGUCGGUUCAAGCAAUGGAUUGCCCGUUUCUAAUGUGAACGACCAGCAGUUACAAGCUGCCCAAGCUGAUGAUGAACCAUUGCCAGCUGGGUGGGAAAUAAGAUUCGAUCAGUAUGGAAGACGUUAUUACGUGGAUCAUAACACUCGCUCGACGUACUGGGAGAAACCAACUCCGUUACCACCCGGUUGGGAAAUACGGAAAGAUCCUCGCGGCCGAGUUUAUUACGUGGACCACAAUACCCGAACCACCACUUGGCAGAGGCCAAACAGUGAACGCCUAAUGCAUUUUCAGCAUUGGCAAGGCCAAAGGGCACAUGUUGUAGCUCAGGGUAAUCAACGAUUUUUAUACCAGCAACAACAGCAACCAACGGCCACCGCAGCCGCGACAGCUCAAGAGGAUGAAGAUACUUUGGGACCGUUGCCUGAUGGCUGGGAAAAGAAGGUGCAACCUGAUAAUCGUGUGUACUUUGUAAAUCAUAAGAAUCGGACAACUCAAUGGGAGGAUCCACGCACUCAAGGCCAGGAGGUCAGUCUCGAGGGUCCUUUACCACCGGGUUGGGAAAUACGCUAUACAGCUACUGGUGAACGGUUCUUUGUGGAUCAUAAUACUAGACGAACUACAUUCGAGGAUCCACGACCUGGGGCUCCGAAAGGAGCUAAGGGUGUGUAUGGAGUGCCGCGUGCUUAUGAGCGCAGUUUCCGUUGGAAGCUUUCUCAAUUCCGUUAUCUGUGCCAGAGUAAUGCUUUGCCAUCGCACAUUAAAAUUACCGUUACUCGUCAGACCCUCUUCGAAGAUUCCUACCAUCAAAUAAUGCGUUUACCUGCUUAUGAAUUGCGUCGCCGUUUGUACAUAAUAUUCCGCGGCGAAGAAGGCCUCGAUUAUGGUGGCGUCUCACGCGAAUGGUUUUUCUUAUUGUCGCAUGAAGUAUUAAAUCCCAUGUAUUGUCUCUUCGAGUAUGCCAAUAAGAAUAAUUACAGUUUACAAAUCAAUCCUGCCUCCUACGUAAAUCCCGAUCACUUGCAAUAUUUUAAAUUUAUUGGCCGUUUCAUAGCGAUGGCUCUUUAUCAUGGACGCUUCAUAUAUUCGGGUUUUACAAUGCCUUUCUACAAACGAAUGCUAAAUAAAAAAUUAACCAUUAAAGACAUCGAGACUAUCGACCCGGAGUUUUAUAAUUCGUUAAUUUGGGUGCGUGACAAUAAUAUCGAUGAAUGCGGCUUAGAAUUGUGGUUUAGUGUUGAUUUUGAGGUUUUGGGUCAAAUUAUACAUCACGAACUAAAAGAAAACGGUGAAAAGGAACGAGUGACGGAGGAAAAUAAAGAAGAAUAUAUAACGCUAAUGACCGAGUGGAGGAUGACACGCGGUAUUGAACAGCAAACCAAAACAUUUUUAGAAGGUUUUAACGAAGUUGUGCCUUUGGAAUGGUUGAAAUACUUUGAUGAACGUGAACUAGAAUUAAUAUUGUGUGGAAUGCAGGAUGUUGAUGUCGACGAUUGGCAACGUAAUACGAUCUAUAGGCAUUAUAAUCGCAAUUCUAAACAAGUUGUUUGGUUUUGGCAAUUUGUCCGCGAUACCGACAAUGAAAAGCGUGCCCGCUUAUUACAAUUCGUUACGGGUACUUGUCGUGUGCCUGUUGGUGGUUUUGCUGAAUUGAUGGGAUCAAAUGGUCCGCAACGUUUUUGCAUUGAAAAAGUCGGCAAAGAAACGUGGUUACCCCGUUCACAUACCUGUUUCAAUCGGUUAGAUUUGCCACCUUAUAAGAGCUACGAUCAACUUGUAGAGAAAUUAACGUUUGCUAUCGAAGAGACUGAAGGCUUUUGCCAGGAAUAGAUGCUUUGCCUAAUAUCUUAAAAAUGGCUUAUAAAUGGUAAACCAAUCAAGGAUUAUGUUUCUAUUUUUGCAUAUAAACAAAAAAAAAAAAAAAAAAAGAACACUUCAUAUAUUACUAUUAUAGGUAAAUGUUUUCUUGUUAAAGUAUUAAUAAUUUCUACAGAGACUACGCUCACUUAUAUAUAGUUUUUAAAAAGUUAUAAAAUUUUCAUAUACGCGUAAUUAUACACCUUCACAAAAACUUUCUUAAAUAAGAGAUUUCUCACAGCGCUCUAUUAAUAUAAAUUUGUUUUAGGAUUUCCUAAAAUCUGAUAUUUUCUAUCCAAUUUAUUUUAUAUAGCAAAUACUUGUAAUGUUCCUUUUCCUUUUGCAAAACAGUUGCUUUAUUUCCUUCCAGAUUUGCUAAAAUCUCCCAACACGUUAGUUGUAAGCAAUCAAUUCUCUUUCUGGAAGUUAUUAUUUUUUGGAUUGGAAUUAAAAAAAAAAAAAAAAAAAAAAAAAAUGAAUAAAUAAACGCGAAGUAUUGAUAGGAUAUACAGUCGUCCCUCGUUUAACAUAAUUAAUUCUUGUCCUGCUGUACCAAAGCAGCGUAUUGAAGGAGUCUGCGGGAGUCAAUUGCCAGAUUAAUGUAUCAGUGAGCUCCCUGACUCAUGAAGAUACUUACAAUACGUUAAAGUGAGUCGGCCAUGCAAAAAAAAG